GAUGGCUGCGUCCAUAAGCGAGUACGUGCGAAGUUUUUAUUCCUCUUCAUUAACGAAAUUAAUGUAUUCACUCUAUCCACAUAUUUGUAGAAGAUGUCUAAAGAUGAGGUUACAUAGCAGUGCAGCAAUUAGUAAUGCAGUCACUGAGGAAUCCGCUGGCCUGGAAGUUAUACGUGUACCUCGGAAACUUGCAAAGAAAAUUGAAAACGUUAAGAAAGAAGGAGGGCAGUUAACAUGGGGAGGAAGAGUUUUUUCAUCAAAGCCUGGAAAAGAAAUAAUCUCUGCAAAGAGGAAAGAGUUUAACCAUUAUAUGAAUCAGAAGUAUGAUAAAUUUAAUCCACCAAAACUUGCAUCUCAUGGCUGGAAACAUAGAAAAUCAAAGGGAGAUUACUUUACCAUACUUGCACACAGAAGUAAUCCUUCUUACCUGGGUAAGCAGCCAGAUACUGAUGGUAUCGAAAGAAAAAUCACUUUUGAUGAAAUGCCAUUACACAAGUCACUCAAAGAUGCACUUCAAAGGAUGCGUAUUGAUUUUCCAACUCAAAUUCAAUACACUACAAUACCCUCCUUGCUGGAAGGCAAAAAUGUGCUAUUUGCAGCAGAAACAGGUAGUGGAAAGACACUGACUUACCUGCUUCCAGUUUUGAAUAUGCUCUUUAAGGAGAGAGAGACAUUUGACUUGCAAGUUCUUCCAAAAGAACCAAGAGCUAUGAUAUUGGUACCAACUAGAGAGCUAGCCACUCAAGUUGAGCAAGUAGCCAGACUUUUGACAACUGAUGAACAAUUAACCAUACGCCAUCUUGAAGGAUCAAAAUCAAUGAAAACCAAGAAGCACACAUUUCUGACUCCUGUUGAUGUCAUCAUCUCCACCCCUGGACCACUACUUAGCUGUUUACGAGAAGGAUUUGUUUCAAUGAAGCAUAUUCAUCAUGUUGUUAUUGAUGAGGUUGAUACAAUGUUAGAUAGCAGCUUCUCUUACAACAUCCUCAAAAUUUUCAAGGAUGUUAAUAUAUGCCUGGGGAAAUGGUCACACAAAUACCCACCAUCUGAAGCCCAGUUGGUGUUGGUUGGAGCUACAAUGCCAAAACAUUAUGCAGAGAUUCUUAGUGAAAUCAUUUAUGAGAAAUCAAUAACAGUUAUAUCAACUCCACAGUUGCAUCGUGUUAUGCCACACGUGAAUCAGAAAUUCAUCAGGAUGCCAAGUCAAGAUAAAUCAGUUCAUAUUCUGGAGUUGGCCAAGAGAAAUGACAGAAGGGGAAUUCGCACCAUCAUCUUCUGUAAUGAAGUGGACAGCUGUAACUGGAUGUCAGCAUUCCUGCAGCAGCAUAACAUUAGGGUCAUUAGACUCAAUGGCAAAUUAUUACCAGAGUAUCGUGUUGGAAUGUUAAACGCCUUUCAUGAAGGUGCCUGUAAUAUCCUCAUCGCAACAGAUAUUGCCUCGCGUGGAAUAGACACAAUAAAUGUACGCCAUGUUAUCAAUUUUGACUUUCCUCAUCACAUGUCAGAUUAUAUCCACCGUGUUGGUCGAGUUGGCAGAGUUGGUAGCCAUGACAAUGGGCAUGUGACUAACUUUAUUGUGCAUAAGUGGGAUGUUGAUCUUGUUCACAAAAUAGAGAGGGCAGUGCGACAGCAAUUGGAUCUACCGAAUGUAAAUGCUGACAUCACCAAGAAACAUCAGGAUCGCUUGUCAAGUACACUCAUGGAUGAUUUUAUGUAAAACAUAUAGAUUGGAAAAUAUAUAUCUGCAGUUGGAUUGGAUUGGAAUUAUAUGGUGUAAACACCUAGGAUAGCCCACAAAAAUCUAGAAGAAGACUUCUUUCUAGUGGGGUCUUCUAGUGGUGAUUGGGCAGUACACUGGGAGACAAUCCCCUACUCUUUUCCAAAGAGUAUACUGUGUUCUUUAAAGUGCCAUAAAAUGCACACAGGACCAACGGCUUAAACGGCUCAUCCGAAAGC